GAGUGUCUUCAAGAUGUUACAUGACUGGUCUGCUUCUCAGUCCUGCUGCAGCGUGGAUGGACACGGAAAAGAAGGUAAACCGCCCCCCCGGCCCCCCCAAUCAGCACUGUGGGCCCGACUCAUCUCCUUGGAUGAGCAGCUCGACUGUGGAUGGGAACCCGUUGGACCUGAUGAUAAUAUACGAUAGUACACAGUGUUCAGCUGGGUUUAGGAGUGGGCUUCAAGCGUAACGUUGGCCUGCCGGGCCUCAUCCAGGAGCCGUGCUCCAGUUCGGAGGCUCGUCUCUCACAUGAUGCAGGAGGAAAGAAGAUGUUAUCAGAGGGUUUCUGCUGAUUCAUUACCAGAACCGUCAUCAGCGUUUCCUUGACCUACAUCUCUCAGGCUGCUGGCGGUCUGUAGGUGUACGCACUGUUCUUCUACAUGACUGAAGAAUCAAAGUUCAGGCCUUUUUCUUUUGAAAGCACGUCAUGAAUCAUUUUAUUUUGGUUUGGUGGUUCAUCACAUCAAAAAGGGAGCUUCACACCUUCACACCUGGCUCAUCACACUCUCUUCUAGGAAUAAAAGGCCAAACUGGAGCAGAGUAAAAAGAACAGUGCUUUGUGCGAAGAAAAAUAACAAAAUGAUGUUAAGCUGCCGAAAUCCAGUGCAUGAAGACAGCGUGUAAUGCAAUGAGAAAGUAAUAAAAAGUCAAAAGAUCUUAUCUAUAGAUCGACAUCGAGUGACAGUCAUAGCGGAUGUGCACUGCCGAGGUUACCAACACACACCAACACACACCAACACACACCAACCCAGCGCGCCUGCAUAUAAACACAGGGAGAGACACAAGGAGACGAGCAGGAGGCCUCAGCGUUCACACAGAGACCCAACAUGCUGCUGGUGAGUCACUUUCAUCCAACGAGGACAGCGUUCCGUUUCUCUUUGACGUGCCGUCUGACCCACAAAGCUGGUGUUCUGACGUUCAGGUGCUGAGAGCUCUGCUGGUUGUGGGCCUGGCGGUCUCCUCCAGGUCGAGGCAGGGAUCCAGACUGGCGGGCACGUCCAUGAGACUGGUCCUAGAUUCCUCCGUGCGCCCUCAGUUGGGCAGGUCCUCCUCGAGCAUGGCCAACAUGUCCCUGUCUCCGUGGACGUACAGAGAGUCCUGUGUGGAGUCGCGGUUACCUCGGCAGAUCUUCCACGCCGUGUGUCUCACCUCCGGCUGUCUCAGCCUGCACGGGGGAGGAGAAGACGCUUCCCUGGAGGCCAAACCCAUCUACCACCAGGUCCUGGUCCUCCACAAAACCUUGAUGCCGAGGUCCGGUAACAGCUCGAGGAGAAGGUACAGCUUGACACUGGGCACGGAGGUGAUCUCGGUGGGCUGCACCUGUGUGAGGCCCAGCGUCGUCGCCCGCAGGACCAACCUCACACUCUGACAUCUCAACGGAGUCAUUAGACCCCUACUGACACGGUCACGUCCACAUCACCGAACACACACUUCCUGUCAUUGCCUCAGGUCAGAAGGGGGCUAAUAUAUAUCUGUAAAGGCUUUAUGAAUUUUUGGGAGGGGGGGGGGGUCUUAAAAAAAAGGAAACUAAUGUCUUAUUUCUCUUAUUUUGCAUGAUUAUUUUAUGCAUGACAUGUAUUUAUGGCAUGUAUGUAUUAAUUUAUUAAUAACAAUAUGUUGGAGAAUUGAUGUGAAAUGAGUAAUAUGAUCAAUUUGAACUCAUAAGGGUCUUGUAAAAGUUCAGAUGAAUUCAUGCAUGAUGUCAAUAUAUCUGUCGAUGGCAUGUUUAAUGGUCUUGUGUUUCAUGCAAAAUAAAGAAACAUGUCAUAUAGGGAGUGUACAGUGAGUCCUUCAAAUGACUUAAGUUGACUCCUUUCUGACGGAUGUUGCUCUCAGACUACUUUAGUUUCAUAUUUACUAAAAAGAGAAUUAUUAUUGACUUCACAUUGUAGCAUUAAUAUGCCAAAUGUAACAGC